GCUAGACGUGAAGGGAUGCAAACAAAACAUCUCAUCCAACAUUCCGACACGUAACAGAAGUUCUUCGAAUGCAUUUCAGCUUGCACCUUAUACAUCAACAUCUCCUCGGGGAAUCCUGGAGCGUCGUCCUUCACAGACAUUGGCAUCGACCUUGAAAAUAGUUCGUUCUGUCUCACGAGAAAGCGUGCGAUCUAUCCAUCAUUGUACAUGUCCAUGUCUUAACGCACCGGGAUUUUUCGAAAACCAUCAGGAACCUUCAUU